UGCCAGUUCAUGGAGUGUGUUAAAAUUUUGCUGGAACAUGGAGCUCAAGCUGAUGUUGUAGAUGUUAACAAUAGCACACCACUCCAUCUUUCAGCAGCCAAUGGUGACAUUGACAUUGCAGUGCUUUUGUUAGAGAGAGAAGCAAAGGUUGAUGCCAAAGACAAGGAAGGGUUUACUCCUCUUCAUGUGUCAGCAUCACUUGGAAAUCUGGAUUUUGUCAAUUUUCUGAUUAAUGAAGGAGCACAGAUUGACCAAGUUGAUGCCCAUGGCAGGACUGCAUUGAUGACAGCUGCCAGUGAGGGUCACAUGAGUAUAGUCAGACUUUUCCUUCGACAAAAUGCAAACACAGAGCUGAAAGAUGCUCAAGGUUGGAAGGCUUCAGACCAUGCUGUUAUUCAUGGACACCACAGUAUUUCAAAUAUCAUCGAGGAGCAUGAGGAACAGCAAGAAAAAGCAAAGAAUCAAGCAAGAGCUACAACUUCAAAUAAACCAGCAACACAAAACAAGAGAGGAGAUUUUUCAGGUUUAUUAGGAUCUGGAACAGCAACAAAUGAUGCGGAUUUCUCAUUUGGGGGACCAGUAGCUGAUGAGGGAGGUUACAAUAGUACCUCAGCAAAGGAAGAGGAUUCUGCCAGUCAUCACUCAGGGGGAGGGGGAAAUUCAUGGAGCUCGUCUGAUGACGAUGACGACAUGCUUCAAUCAACGGCAAAGUCGAGAUCAGGCAAGCCAAGUUUGUUGGCAGCACUGAGCAAGUCAUCCAAACCAGUCACCAGGACGGCGUCAGAUGUUUCCACUCAGAGCGCUAAAUCAAAUAGCCGAAUUCCUGUGAGAACAAAUGUUGUUAAAACAGAGCCUAUUCAAGAAUCAAAGCCUGCACGUGAUAACAAUGCACCGUCACGCAUUCCUGUCAAGACAGACGAGAACCAGUCUCCAUCUCCAGCCAAGAAACCGCUGAUGACUGAAGCGAGUCAAAAAAGCAGCCCCACGAACUCCCAACAGAGUACACCCACCAGAAGGAAAUUGCCAACACCAGGGGGAGUAGAUCAAGUAGUGAAGGAAUCGCCUCAAUUAUCCCGAGCCACGCCGCAGAGAGUGACGGAGGAUCAAGACUCGGAGGGUGCAAUCUCUGACACAGAUGUUCUCGCUGCGCUGAGUGGUGGAAAUACAAAGCUGUCAAAACCAGAUACAUCUGCGAAGCCACCAGAGAAAGCAAAUGGCGAUCUCGACUUCAGCUUGUUAUCAAGUGAUGGUGAAGAGAAUGAUGGUGAAGAUGUGUCCUUCAGCGAGCCUCCACUUGAUGACGAGGACGAUGAACUGCUGACCAGGCCAAGCUCUGGGUUUACACCCUCACCUCAACCGUUGACAUCGACGCGGAAACCAGAGGAAGAGAGUGUGGGAAUAGAUAAGAAAGAAAAUGCCACACCCAAAUUGAAUUUCGAGCUUGGCAGCCCGGUAAGCUCCGUAUCUGACCCCGACCUCAGUGGCAUUUCAGACAACGAGCCUGCGAAGAAAGGCAGCGGCAAAAAGAGUGACAAACCGGAAGAACCAGUCAAACCUGCUGGCGGAAGUCAAAGUGAAGAAGAGUCCGCUUGGGACAGCUCGGAUGAUCUUCUUCCAUCUGAUGGUCCUGAUACCACCAGAGGCAGCAGCUUGUUUGGUACGAGAAGCCCUCCGCCUACAAAGACUGUAGGUGAGACCAAACCUCAGGUAAAGGUUGCCGCUUCCCCGCGUAAGACGGAUGUAAACGACAGCGAUUCCGAAGUCACGGAAUCAGAGGGCGAGUGGGAGAAGGAGAGAGCUUUAGAAAAAGCGAAAGAAAAGGAAAAACAGGAACAGGAAGAUUUGGAAAGAGAAAAAGAAAAGCAGAGAAUGUUGCAAUGGGAGAAGGAACGAAAAGAGAAAGAAGAAGCUCUCGCCAGAGAACUGCAAGCAGAGUUAGAAAUGGAAAUGGAGAUGGAAAGGAAGGAAAGGAGGAGGAAAGAGGAAGAAGAAAAUGAGAGGAGGCGAAGACAAGAAGAGGAACGCCGGAGGGAAAGGGAAGAAGAGGAAGGAAGAUUAAGAAGAGAGGAGGAGGAGGAGGCGAGAAGACGCGAGAGGGAAAGAGAGGAGAGAGAAAAAGAAGAGAAGCUAGAACGUGAGCUGCGGAGGAAGGAAGAAGAAAGACGGCAGCUGGAGCUGCAACAAGAAGAGGAACGUCGGAAGCGAGAGGAAGAAGUACAAAGGAUUAAAGAACAGAAUGAGCGAGAUAUGCGUAUGUUUGAAUUACAAAAAGAACAGGAGCUUGAGAGGCAAAUGCGUCUUAAAGAGGAAGAGAUGGAACGGCAGAAGAGAGAGUACGAGGAGAGGUUGGAAAGGGAAAGGGUUGCGUUGGAGGAACAGCGCGCGAAAGAAGCCGAAGACCUUCUUCACAAACAAAGAACUGCAGACGAAGAAGCUGAAAUUCUACUUCAAGCUUAUCGACGAAAACAAGAAGAAUUGUUGGAAAAAGAGAGAUUGUUUGAGGAAGAAAUGAUUCGGCGUGAGAGGGAGCUGGAGGAGAAAAAGCGGAAGGAUGAACUGGAAAGAAUUGCUUCGCAGGAUAUGGUGACCGUCGUGCAGAAGGAUUCAACGUAUUCCGCUGCUCCUUUAGGUGGCAGUUUAGAGCAGUCCAAAGAGUUGGAAGAACUAGAGGAAUGGAAGCGGAUGUACGAGAUGAAUGUAGAACAGGAGAAAACGGCUCUGGAAGACGCUGUCCGCAAGAGGAGGGAAGAAGAGCAGAAGGCCGCGGAAGCUGCAGAGAAGUUGCGUCAGAUACAGCAGGAAGAGGAUUUGAAGCGGAUCGAGGGUGCGCUGCGUCAUAGGCGGCAGGGAGAGGAGGUGAAGGAAGCAGAGAGUAAACUGAAGAGGCUGGAAGUAGAAGAACAGGCUGUCCAGGCUAAGAAAGAAAUCGAGCAGCAGCGCUUAAUGGAUCUGGAGGCCCAGAAAAAUCGCUUGGACCAGGAAACCAGCACUAAACUGGCUGAGUUCAAUAACAGCAAUCCUUCCAGCGGUUACAGAAUGAAAGACAAAGAUAAACCAGAUGGAGAAGAGAUGAACUCGCAGAAGCCACUCACAAAUGGUUUCGCGGAUGAUGGAGACUGGUCCGAAUCAUCCGAGGAGGAUCACCAUGGCCGCUACUCUCCUUUAGUUGCCAUGACAAUGAACGGCACCAAUGCCAAGCCUCCCACGGGAAUCUCGCCACCUCGGGCUCAGUCUCCCUUGUACAAAGCGUCUACUCCGCUGAAUACAACAGGUGGUGGACUGGGCACGUCAUCCCUCAGCAGUUCCUUUGCGCUCCAAGACAGUACAAGCUUCGCGCGUCUUCAAGAAGCCCUUCGUGAUUCAAAACGACAAGUUGAUAAGCAGAAAGAGAGAAUUGUAGCACUGGAGACAAGCAGGAAGCAAAUGGAGAUCGAUUUAGCUGAACUUCAAUUGAAGGUGGAGACUCUAACCAAAGAGAGAUCUGAAUCUGAGCGGCUGAAAAUGGAGGUGGAGUCAGCCUAUAGAACGCUGCAGUAUAAACAUGAACAAGAGAGCGAAGCUUUGCGCGUAUCUGAAGCUCUUCAGAGUCAACUGAAGGAGCAGAUUUCAAGAUCAGAAGAAAAACUUGCUAAGGAACUGGAGAAGCGACAAAACUUAGAGGUCGAGAAGCGCCAGCAACAAACUGAGGUCAAAUCCUUACGCAACACCGUUCAACAACUUGAGUCCGAUAUUCGAGACCUGAAGAGAGCGCUGGCAGAAGAACAAGACACCCGCGCCGCGCAUAGCGAAUUACUUGAUGAAGAAAGGCGUAAAAACGAUGCCUUAACGGAAGAAACGCGACAUCAUUCCCAGCAGAAAACUGAAGCUCUUUAUCAGCUUGAAGCGGUGGACAAGACUCGAAAGAGUUACGAAGAAAGUAGCGGCUCACUGAGAGAGGAACUCAAAGCAGCACUGGUUGAGUUGGCUGAAACGAAGGCUCGUCUAGAAGCAACCAAAGCAUCUAUGGGAAAGGAAAUAUCCAUUUUGAAGGAAAAGUUAGAGAAAAAAGCGGUCAAAGUGGCCAAGCAUGAAGAAGCGCUUCUUCAAACUCGCGCCGAAUUCGAUUCACAUGUGGCUAGCGGCAGAAACGAACAUGCGCAGAUAAGCAGUAAGUUGGAAAGUGAAACGCAGACAAGAACUCGCCUGGAGUCUGAGGUUUCGUCACUGAGAUCACGCCUGGAGAAAUCGGACAAGGAACUAGAAAGAGCAAGUGUCGGAAGAGUGGAGGCAGAGAGACAAGUACAAAACCUUCGUGAUGAACUUUAUCAGGCGAAGCUGCGACUGGAAAAAGAGACUUUUUCGCUAAAAGACACAAACAAGGGUCUUGCAGUAAAGUUGGAGGCUAUGGAAAGUAAAGCAAGCAACCUUGACAUUGAGCUGCAAAAUGCUAAUCUUUUACUUACGGAGCGAGGAAGUCAACUGAACCUUGUACAGCGUGACACGGAAUACCAGAAGUCACAAUUUGAUAGGCUGCAAGAAAAGAUUCGACUAGAAAAGGAACAAAAUUCAAGACUUACUGGUAAAUUAGAAAGCAGUGAUCACAAAAUUUCCAGUCUCCAUGCUGAAUGUGACACGUUACGCCGGAGAUUGGAAGAAGCAACGGAGAAGUUGCGGAAACAGGAGGAAGUUGCCAUGAGAUCAGAGGAAAAAUUUAACGGCUUGCUUGCGUCAUCGAGAGCAGAUUUUGAAAAGAGUAAACAAGUUAUGCAAGAGAAACAUGAAAAUCUCUUGGACAUGAUCAACAAACUCAAGUCAGACGUUGAGAAAGGAAAGGAAAAGAGUGCACAACAGAAAGCUCACAUAAGGGAUCUACAACAGGAGUUAAACGAAACAUCCAAGAAACUUGUUCAAACUGAAACAACGUUGGCAAUGCAAACCAAGCUUCGCGAAGAACUGGAAGAUGAGCGUUCGCAGUUAAGAAACCAACUGAGCAAUCUUGAAAAUACGGUAGUGACAGUAGAAGCCACACGAGGCGAGGUUGCUGGGCACGCGAUGAAACUCGAGGAGGAACUGGAGCACACAAAACGUGUUCAUGGAGAGACCACUGAACGGUUAGUCUCUAGGAGCGCGGACGUGGAAUCCGUUACCAAAUCUUUGUCUGUUGAAGAGGAUGGCGAACAACCGGCUCAGCUGGAAAAAAUGGUGACAAAACUGAAAGUAGAAAAGGCUCAAGUGGAAUCUUCUUUAAGAGAGGAAGAGGCAAAGUGUGGCAUGCUGUUGAGAGAAGUGAAGGAUGCUAACGAGGCUCGACAAAGCUUGGAGAAAUUGUUGUCCAAUGUAAAAGGAGACUCUGUUGAGCUUGAAAACAAAUUACAGUCUGAGACGCUCUCUCGAACACAACAUGAGAGAGAGGCCGAAGAGCACAAGGAACUGUGGGAAUCGGAAGUAAGGUCAAGAACAAAGCUCGGAGCGAAGAUCGCAGAGAUGGAAAAACGGUUGGAUGAUGCUCGUGUAGAGAUCGAAGAGGAAAAACGUAGAACUCGUAAAGCUCUGGAAGCGAAAAAAGUCCUCGAAGCUAAGCUAGAAGCCAACGACCAAAGAACAUCUCAGCAUCAAAGAGAAGUCGUUGCUCUUAAAACGCAGCUUAAGUCGUACAAACGACGUUUCAAGGAAUAUGAAUCUUCGGAGAGUCGGAUACCAGCUCUUCGAGUUGAAUUUGACAAGGAACGAUCUGCAAUGGAGUCGCAUAUUACGACAUUACGAAGACAGUUGGAUAAUUUGAGUGAGAGGCUUCACCAAGAAUCAGAGAAUCGCUCACGAGCUGAGUUGACAUGCAAACAGCAGCAACAAGAACUAUCAGCUGCGAAAGCCCAAGAAAAGCGUCUUCUCUUUGACCAAGAACGUCUGCAACUGACCAAUAGGCAAUUGGAGGAAGAAGUUGGAAGGUUAAAGGCGUUCUAUGAAAGUAAUUUUGUGGAGAAUGGCCAGUUGGAGACCUACAAGCAGGAGCUUGAAGCUAAGUCCCGUUUUGAGUUGAAUCGUAAAUUAGAGGAAGUCAACGCUCACUUAGAAGAACAGGCCGCUGCGCGGGAGAAACUUGAUAAACUUCGCGAAGCAAAUGAACUGAAGACCAGAAAGGAGCUGGAGAUGACUAUAACAGAUCUAAAGGCUGAUGUGGCGAAAAUGAGAGCUGGAUUCCAUGAAAGCCAAACGCGGAAAGAGACUUUAGACGCUGAGGCUAAAAGAUACAAGGAUUUAUACGAGAGUGAGAUGAAGUCGAAAGAUAGGCUAGCGAGCCGCCUGUACAAAGCUAACGAGAAAAUGGCGGAAUCUCAAGCGUUACUUAAUCUGGAGAGAUCUCGUAGAAAUUUCGAUGGAUUAAAGCGCGACACGUCUCCGCACCAGUUUACCUCGGGUGGCAUCUUAAAUGGUUCACCCAGAACAAGCCCUGAUAGAAUGUACUCUAAGGGGGACGGGCAAUUAAUGAAGGCUGUAGAGGAUGAACUAAACAAAAGUAUCAAGCGUCAUUUGGAAAGUGCUCCCUUGACAUCAGACCUCGAUCUCAAGCCGAGCCUGUUGAGUGAUGGGGACAGCGGUUCAUACGGACCGCUGACCGCAUCGUCCAAACAAUACAUGUCAGUUUUACGGAAAAACUAUUUUGUGUAAGCUACACACGGUGUGCCCACGAAUUUACUAAAUUAAACUUUUUGUGUGUGGGAAAUGGCCUUGAAGGCUGUUCGUGCUGCUAAUAACAAUUUAUGAGAUAACAGACCAGUUUUUUUGGUCCAUAUUUUACACUGCGUAAAAAAUUUCCUUAAAGAAAAGACGUUUAAAAUUUCUUUUCAGAGGAAAAUACUAAUUUAUAUAAAAAAUUCAGAACAAAAUUAAGUUUAUCGAUAUCCUUUGUAGUAUUUGUAUGUAUGCAUUAUAAAAUCAUAUUUGUAUUAUAGGGUAAUAUGACGGAUUGCUUCAUCGGCCAUCUGUAAUAUUUAUUUCUUUUUUCAUGCAGUCAACAACUUUAAUAGCUACACUUAUUUUGUACGUGUAUCCAA